CUUCUAUAGUUCCGUCAAAAUAAAGGAACAUGCGAUAAUUUAAAAUAAAAUUUUAUAUUUAUUUUAUACAAAAAAAAAAUUAACAUAAUGUUAAGAUUUACAAGUUUUUCGAAGAUAAAUGUCUGUAGGAAGUCCUUAAAUAAUCUUAAGGAUUUUACUAAGUCCCAAACAGAAUUAAUAAAUAACAUUAAGCUGACAAAACAAAUUAAGAAAGUCAUUGCUGGAACACAAGUUCAGUGUGAAAAAGAUCCUUCACCAGUGGUUGAAGAUAGGUCAAAAUACACGAUAUUAAAGUCAAAAAAUAUCGUCAAGGAUUUACAAAAAUUGUGUAAUAGGUUACAAGAUAGGAUCAGUCAGAAUAAAUUAGUAUUGGCUGCUGCUGGACUUUCAAUAGAUCCUACAAAUUCAGCAGUUCACGAUGUAAUUCCAGAACCCCCAAAAGUACCUGAAGGUACUGAGGAAGUUGUGAGCCAAUUAAAUGCUUUGGGUGAACCAACUUUUUCUUCCAUGGGAAUGGGAGGAUGGUCUCCAGUUGGAAUUACUCAGAAUUGUUUUGAAUUUCUACAUGUUAAUUUAGGCAUAGAAUGGUGGGGUGUAAUUGCAAUAGGUACUGUCGUGGUCAGGAUGUUAUUGUUCCCUCUGGUAGUGGUAGCACAGAGAAAUGCAGCAAAAAUGAAUAAUUACUUGCCACAAAUGCAGGCAAUUCAGAUGAAAAUGACUGAAGCUCGUCAGACAGGAAACCAGUUGGAUGCUGCAAGAUAUUCACAGGAAAUGAUGCUAUUCAUGAAAGAAAAGGAAUUAAAUCCUUUAAAAAAUCUGGUUGUUCCUUUGGCACAAAUGCCUAUAUUUAUUUCGUUUUUUAUGGGAUUAAGAGAAAUGACAAAUGUUCCUGUACAAAGUCUUGAACAUGGAGGUCUAUGGUGGUUUACCAAUCUCAUUGUGCCAGACCAGUAUUUUCUUUUACCAGUUAUUACCAGUGUUACAUUAUGGGCUACCAUUGAGUUGGGAACAGAUACAGCUAGAUUAUCUUCACAAAAUCUACAAUUAAUGAAAUAUGUCUUACGAGCUUUACCAGUAAUUAUAUUUCCAUUUACCAUGAACUUCCCUGGAGCUAUUUUGGUUUAUUGGGUGUCAAGUAAUUUUAUUUCACUUGCUCAAGUGGGAGUACUUAAAAUCCCAGCAGUAAGAGAUUAUUUAAAAAUUGAGCCAUUAUUAAAACAUCAACCUCAAUCUCUGCCAAUGAAACCCAAAGGCUUUAAAGAGGGAUUGCAAGAUUCUUGGACUAACAUGAAAAUUACCAGGGAAUUAGAGGAACGCAGGCGAUUAGACGAAUUGAAAUUUCAAAAAGCAGGCAAAGGACCAAUUGUAAAAACGUAUAAGCAUGAUCCUACAAAACAAGUUACAAGUAUGGACGCCAAAAAACGAUAGAUUUUGUUAAUGUUAUUAUUUUAUAGAAUAAAAUUAAAAUAACAAAA